CAGGACUGAUCGCAACUUAUUGUUGAAAUUCAGUCUGAUUUGUAGAUUGUUAGGCCGAAGAGUGUUUAAUAUGUAGUGAUAAUUUAUGAAAUUAAAUAAGAAUAUUAAUUUCGUUAUUUAAUGCAUUGUUAAAGGCAUUUUAAUCAACAAUAAUAUUAUUAUUUUUAAAUAUAAAAUACUUCAAGUCAUAAUGAACAUAAAGGGCUGUUUAUUUUUUAUAUUACAAUUAAAAGUUGUAAGUUCCGAAUUAGUUACAUCUCUGAUCAUUGGUACUACUGCAGUUAGUGGUUUUUUUGGUUGGGAUUAUAUUAAGUCAAACACAUAUUGUCGUUAUGUUGAAUGUUGUAACGAUAACUACGUUAAUUUCGAUAUAGAAAAACUUGAGCAAUCGUUAAAGAAUCAGCUGUUUGGUCAACCACUAGUCAACGAACUACCAAAAAUAUUAAAAGCACAUAAAGAAAGUUUAAAGGAUAAGACACAAAAGAACAAGAAAGCCUUGGUAUUAAGUUUACAUGGGUGGUCUGGUGUGGGCAAAAAUUAUGCUACAACCUUUAUAGCGGAAGCAAUAUUUAAGAAAGGUAUGAAAAGCCAGUUUGUAAAAGUUUUCAUGGGCAAAAAAGAUUUUGACUGUUCCAAUCUUCAAGAAUCUCAAAGGAAAUUAAUUAAUGAGGUGAAUAACAUUGUUAAAAAAUGUUCGACAUCACUCAUUAUAUUUGAUGAAAUUCAUGAAAUGUGCCCUACGAUUCUGGAUUCAAUAAAACCAAUGCUUGACCAUCACCAUGAAGUAGAUGGUGUGGAUUAUAGGAAUGCGAUUUUCAUAUUUAUAUCGAAUAUUGGUGGUAAAGAAAUCGCAACAAGUCUACUGGACCUGUAUAGUCAAGGAAUCACGAGGAACAAUGUGGAAUUUUACAAUUUUGAAUCAAUCAUAAGAAGAACCGCUUAUAAUACUGGUGGAUUUGAAAAAUCCUUAACAAUUGCUCAGCAUCUAAUCGAUCAUUAUAUCCCGUUCUUACCAUUGGAACAACAUCAUGUCCAGAUGUGUGCAUCAGCAGAAUUCAGGGCUCACGGCAUAUAUAAUCCAUCAGACGAUAUGAUGUCUGAUGCAUUGUCAGUAAUUACCUAUGGACCGUCCGAAGAACAGCCGAUAUUUGCAAAUAAUGGCUGUAAAAGAUUUACAAAGCAAAUACCGUACAUUAUACAAAAACACAAACAAAAGAAUGAUGAAUUAUAGACAAGUCUAAACAAUGAUUUGAUGACAAUGGUUGUUGUAAAAUCCUUUCCAUUAAGUUUUUUUAUGAAAUCACUUUUAUGUUGCAUAAUCACAAAUAUUUUCAUUGGAAGUUACUUUAAACAUCUUAAAAUUAUGAAUAAAUAAUAAAACAAUCAAAUCAUAUUAUCUUUAUAUACAUGGAUCCUGCGAAAAAUUAGUUUGAAAACAGGAAUGUAUUAUUUUAUCAAAUUUCAAUCAAUUGUAUAUAUAUAUUCAGCACAAGCAAAUAUGUAAGAAAUUGUCCGGAUAGCUCAUGUGUUCAGAAAGCCACUGAAGAGGUGUGUCCGCGGGUAGCAUUAUGCCAUGUGUCCUUAGUUUAACUGCAAAAUAAUAUUAACAUGUGAAUCUUUUUAUGUAUAGGCUGUUUUGUAAAUAGAAAUAUUAUAAUGAAACUUAUUUAUUUACCAUCAGGCUUAUCAGGAUAUAAUUCUGAUAUUAGCUGUUGGAUGAUCUUCCGACUCCCAUCACUAUUUCUUGGGCUGAUCAGUCUUUGUCUGCAGAUGCCAUCAUCAGAAUAUAUCCUUAUGGGAAUAUGUUUAAAUCCUUCGUUAUCGCCAUGCGAUUCCAUCAGUCUUCUAUUUAUAGCCCAAAAUUGGUCAAACUUAUCUGUCAAAUAUUUUUUAAAACCUGUGUUAUAUGUUAAUAUUUGUGCUUUCUUAAUGUACUUUAAAAUAAUUAUCCAUACUGUGUUAAAUUGCAGUUAAAAGUUAAUAAAAAAAAUAAAGUAACUAAAGCCUUAA